AUGCGCGAAACGACAUCAGAUCUUACUAUUGAUGUGUUGCGAUGCAUAUUCUCUAGAAAUGGAGUGCCGAAAGUCUUAGUGAGUGACAAUGGGCCACAAUUUACAUCUGCUGACUUUCAGAAAUUUACCAAAGCCAAUGGCAUAAAACAUGUGACCUCCGCUCCUUACCACCCAAGUUCCAAUGGACUACCUGAGCGGUUUGUCCAAUCUUUUAAGUCAGCCAUGAAAGCAAGUAAAAAGGACAGCGGAUCUUUACAAACCAAAUUGGCAAAUUUUCUUUUAGCAUACAGAAAUGCUUCACAUGCAACCACGGGAGAGUCUCCUGCAAAACUAUUUCUUGGACGUACUUUAUCAUCUAGACUGGAUUUGGUGAAACCGAACACUGAGCGAGAUGUCAAGAGUAAGCAAUUUGACAUGGCUAACAAAAGAGGAAGUCCACUACGUGCGUUCGAACCAGGAAGGGGGGUGAUAGUAAGAGACUACCGUAAAAACGCUAAAUCAAACUGGGUAUCCGGAACUAUCAGUGAACAAACAGGCCCAGUCACAUAUCGUGUAGAAGUGGCACCAUGUCAAACGUGGAGACGACACAUUGAUCAGAUUCAGGAGUUCGCGGCCAACGUCAGUGCAUCAGAUACACCUAUUACAAAUGAUAUCUCUGUAAAUCAGCAAUCCGGUGCUAUUCCCAGGCAGGACUCACAGCUUGAUUCGUGA